CCACGUGUGGACCCGAUGGACCCCGGCGAGACCGCCAUUUUGGAGUCUUCCCUGAGCAUCUCCUCCCGGCUUUCCGCGCCGCCGCCACCGCUGCCCGCGGCCUCGCUGCCGGGCAGGAUGAAUGUGAUAGACCACGUGCGGGACAUGGCGGCCGCGGGGCUGCACUCCAACGUGCGGCUCCUCAGCAGCCUGUUACUUACAAUGAGUAAUAACAACCCUGAGUUGUUCUCCCCCUCUCAGAAGUACCAGCUUUUGGUGUAUCACGCAGAUUCUCUCUUUCACGAUAAGGAAUACCGGAAUGCUGUGAGUAAGUACACCAUGGCUCUACAGCAGAAGAAAGCCUUAAGUAAAACUUCAAAAGUGAGACCUUCAACUGGAAAUUCUGCAUCCACUCCACAAAGUCAGUGUCUCCCGUCUGAAAUUGAAGUGAAAUACAAAAUGGCAGAAUGUUACACAAUGCUAAAGCAGGAUAAAGAUGCCAUCGCUAUACUCGAUGGGAUCCCUUCAAGACAGAGAACUCCCAAAAUAAACAUGAUGCUGGCAAACUUGUACAGGAAGGCUGGCCAGGAGCGCCCCUCGGUCACCAGCUACAAGGAAGUGCUGAGGCAGUGCCCGCUGGCCCUCGAUGCCAUCCUCGGUUUGCUGUCUCUCUCUGUAAAGGGCGCAGAGGUGGCGUCGAUGACAAUGAACGUGAUCCAGACUGUGCCUAACUUGGAUUGGCUCUCCGUGUGGAUCAAAGCAUAUGCUUUUGUGCACACGGGGGACAACUCGAGAGCGAUCAAUACCAUCUGUUCACUGGAGAAAAAGUCGUUGUUGCGCGAUAAUGUGGAUCUCCUGGGGAGCUUAGCAGACCUGUACUUCAGAGCCGGAGACAAUAAGAACUCGGUCCUCAAAUUUGAACAAGCACAGAUGUUGGAUCCUUAUCUGAUCAAAGGGAUGGACAUAUACGGCUACCUCCUGGCACGGGAAGGCCGGCUGGAGGAUGUGGAGAACCUCGGCUGCCGCCUUUUCAACAUUUCUGAUCAACACGCGGAACCCUGGGUGGUCUCUGGGUGUCAUAGUUUCUACAGCAAACGCUACUCUCGCGCCCUCUAUUUAGGAGCUAAGGCCAUUCAGCUGAACAGCAAUAGUGUUCAAGCUUUGCUGCUUAAGGGAGCAGCGCUCAGAAACAUGGGCAGAGUCCAAGAAGCAAUAAUCCACUUUCGAGAGGCUAUCCGGCUUGCACCGUGCCGCCUAGACUGUUACGAAGGUCUCAUUGAAUGUUACUUAGCCUCCAACAGCAUUCGUGAAGCAAUGGUGAUGGCUAACAACGUUUACAAAACUCUAGGAGCGAAUGCACAGACCCUCACCCUUUUAGCCACCGUUUGUCUCGAAGACCCAGUAACACAGGAGAAAGCCAAAACUUUGUUAGAUAAAGCCCUCAACCAAAGGCCGGAUUACAUUAAGGCUGUGGUGAAAAAAGCAGAACUACUUAGCAGAGAACAGAAAUACGAAGAUGGAAUUGCUUUGCUGAGGAACGCACUAGCUAAUCAGAGUGACUGUGUCCUGCAUCGGAUCCUAGGAGAUUUCCUUGUAGCUGUCAAUGAGUAUCAGGAAGCCAUGGACCAGUAUAGUAUAGCACUCAGUUUGGACCCCAAUGACCAGAAGUCUCUAGAGGGGAUGCAGAAGAUGGAGAAGGAGGAGAGUCCCACGGACGCCACUCAGGAGGAGGAUGUGGACGACAUGGAAGGGAGUGGGGAAGAAGGGGACCUGGAGGGCAGCGACAGUGAGGCGGCCCAGUGGGCUGACCAGGAGCAGUGGUUCGGCAUGCAGUGAGGCGGCGGCAGCUCGUGGCCGCGCUGGCCUGCCCUGCUCCGAGCGCGUCCGUGGACCGAGAACCGUAGGAGCCCGCUCUCUGGGAGGACACUGACUCAGCAUGUGAUUGCCGCGGGGGUUUCUGCCCCGGCUCCGUGUUUCUAGUAGCCACUCCGUUUUUUAAAACUGAGCCCAACCAGCCUUCCAGACAUCUCCGUCCUCCCCUGCUCCGGGCAGGGGGGACCGAGGGAGCCCUCCGGGAGCCCCACAGAUGUGCUGGGGCUUCCAGGACAGAGUGCUUUUUAUACAGCUGAUCUCUGAACCUGGACAUGAGGAGUAGACAGCGUGUUGUCCGUGAUGUCGUGGACGGGUCUCCCAGGGCCAGAGGACCGUCUCUGGAGUCGGACAGGGGCGGGGGUCGGCCCUUUGGGGGGGGCCUCCUGUCCCAGAAACCGCCGUCCCGGGCUGUCCACACUUCCCUAGUGACCUUGCUUCCUUCUGCAAUGUUAGUGAUGCCUUAAGCCGACAGUUGCUAUUUUGCAGAACAGUUUUCCUAUUUACUAACCUGGUAACUUGCCUAUGAGCCUGGGCCGGCUGAGAAACACGUGUGACCUAGAGCAUGAACACAGGUACACCUGGGGUAAUUACCUAAUAAAACUGGUUUUUGUACAGU